GCUAGAGGGCAGUACUUUGCAGUGCGCAACAAAAGCAUCAUCAUCAUCAUCAACAUGGCCGCGCCCUUUUGAGAAAAAAAAAUCGUCUGCCACUUUGGAAUUCGUGUUAAGCAAAACUAGAGCAAGAUAUUUCAGUACAGACCAACACCAUGGCCGGGAGGCUGGGACUGUGUGUGAGAUACUCCCAGAUGUUUCUCACAAAAAUCCACCACCUUCAAACCUCCAGCAGAAAUAUCAGACCAUCUCCAACUUGUCAAACCAAACUCCUCACCAGAACUUUCUGUAGUAACACAACAGCAGAAGAUGUAAAAGCGAAAUGUGUCCGACUGGAAGAGCGCAGCUUAGUUCGAGUCGCGGGGUCGGAUACGAUACCGUUCCUACAGGGUCUGGUCACGAAUGAUGUCACAAGCCUGAAUACAGAGAACAGGGCUCUGUAUACAAUGAUACUGAAUGUACAGGGCCGAGUGCUGUAUGACAUCUUGAUGUAUAAUCUCCAGAGUAACCCUGACUCCCCGCCCAGCCUUCUUCUAGAGUGUGAUCACACUGCGGUCCCUUCACUCAUCAAACUCCUGAAGAUGUACAAGAUCAGGAAAAAGGUAGACAUUUGCAGCGUGGCGGAUGAGUACACAGUUUGGGCGCUGUUGCCGGGAACCAGCGACCCUCCAGUGUUCGUGUCGGACACGGGACUGUCGGUUAUCGACCCACGCCUUCCCGACCUUGGGAACAGGGUCGUGCUCAAGAGCGGGACCAAUUUAGUGUUUGACUGUGUGGAGGGAACCAGUGAAGACUACCACACACACAGAUAUCAGCUAGGGGUGGGGGAAGGGGUCAAUGACCUCCCCACAGGAAACUGCACACCUCUAGAGUGCAACCUGGCCUUCCUGAACGGAGUGAGUUUUGACAAAGGCUGCUACGUUGGUCAGGAGCUAACUGCCAGAACCCACCACACAGGAGUCAUCAGGAAACGACUCAUGCCCGUCACUCUGGACAGACCAGCCAGUUUGGAGGCGGGGUCAACGCUAACCAAUGAGAAGGGAAAGAAUGUCGGCAAGUUCAGACAUGCCCAAGGGGUUCAUGGGAUAGCUCUGGUCAGACUGGCACACAGCCAAGAGAAGCUGUACUGUAAACAAGACAGUGGUGAGGAGGUUGGCUUGAAGGCAGAGACCCCUAAAUGGUGGCCACAGGAUCCUCAACAAGCAUAGCACUUUAUCUAAUGAAGAAAAAUACUCACAGAAAAUAAUCCUCUCAUGCUAGGCCUUCUGCUCACAUAUAAAUGCCUUAAAUGUACUUGUUUUAAAUACCAUCCUGGCUUGUUUGUACAUUUAGUGCUGGCCAGCCAUAUGCAUGAACCUGAAAUCAUGUUGCCAGUUGCAGUCAUGAGGCAAGGUGAUUGGCUGAUAAUUAUCCUUACAACAACAGGAAGGGGAGUGUCUGAUUGGCUGAUGGCGAAUGCAACAGGAAGGGCUCUUUCUUGAUAUACAAGAGGCAGGCCUGGCAUCAUGAUACUACAGGAGAAAAAUACACAGUGUGUAUAUAGAAUACCCAGAUAUACAUUGUAUCAAAGCAUCAUGAUACUGAUUGUGUAUGUAAUGUUAUAACUUAGAUGUAUAUAAUAUGAAGUUAAAGGCACAAUUGUUAAGGAAAUAGUUUCAACAUUUUAGGGUUUUAUUUGUUAUUUGUUGAAGAUCUGUUUAAGAGUAGAUUGUGACAUUUCUUGGAACUAAUGUUGACUAAAUGUAAGUUAACGUUAUAGAUGAAUGGGACGAUGAAAGGAAUUAUGUAAAAGAAUCCAACACACUUUGGGAGAAGAGUAGUGGAACCUGGUUUGCUUCACAAUACAAUGAAUCAUGUAUCACAUAAAGGCAAAGUCACAUCCAACUAUGACUCAUAGUAUGAGGGCCUGCAUGGGGGUCUUGAUAAUGCUUUAUGUUGAAUUCAGAAGAGCCCCUUUGUAUUAUGCUUAAGUCAACUGUCAACAUUGCCGGAAAUCUGCAAGUGUUAUUAAGGCUUUAUAUCAGGUAGCAGCCUGGUUCAAAAUCAGUUGUAUAGCUGCAAUAAACAAGAACAUUUCAAUUAUG